AUGGAUGACACGGUCAAAUACGAGUUAUCCGAUAUAGACAAAAUGGGGAUGCGAAAGUCUGUUAAACUCUUUGUGAUCUAUGAGCUUCAGCCCGCUAUUGAUCUGGACGAUUUGAUUUCCUCUAUUAUGGAAGGUGUGAGGAACGCAACCCGACAGUUGCCCUUUAUUGCAGGAGAUCUCCAGAUUCACGAUCACGGCAAGGUCUACAUCGUCACACAUCCAGGAAGCCAAGUCGAAGUCAACAUUCGCCGAUUCGAGCCCACAGAGCACAAGUCUCUCUCCGCCUUGGCCUCGGAUGGCUUCAAUCCCAAUCAUCUGGACCCUAUUAUGAUGUUACCCGAAGAGCCGACGAGCAACAAUCCGGUCUGCGCUCUGCAAUUAAGUCUCAUCGAAGGGGGCCUGGUCUUGGGUUUCAGUAUGAAUCACGCGGUGGGGGAUUGGUUUUCAAUUGAUACAUUCCUGUCUCUUGUCUGUCAAAGCAGCAAGGCACAUCAAGAAGGACUGGAAAUGCCCACCUACAUGCCAGACCUCAACAGAACUCCAUACAACACUUCAGCAUCUGGUCCAACCAUCUCAAAGACGGAGCUACAAGAAAAGCUCCCAAUGUUUUACAUCAUGGACAUGAGUUCAUUCAAACCAAAGCCGCCACCCGCCUCCAAAUCAGGUAUAUACAAGAUCUCCGAGACAUCCAUCCAAAAGCUCAAAGCAAAAUGCGGUCCAUUUUUGAAUGGGGUGGACUACAUAACCUCAUACGACUGCAUCUCCGCCAUCAUCUGGACGGCAGUCACGCGUGCCCGGCUCCAUCUUCUCCCGGAGAAAGCAACCUCGCUGUCUCGCUUCAUCCACCCUAUUGAUGUGCGUACCCGAGACCCCGACAACAAAACUUCUGAUCGAUACUUUGGUAAUGCCGUCAUUGCAACCCAAGCAGGCCCUCUCACUGCUGAAGCCCUGGUAUCAGAUGGAGUCCGAGGCCUCGCUGCAGCAGCAUCUUUAAUCCGCCAAUCCAUAUACUCCGUCGAUAUGUUUUCAAUCGGCUAUAUGACCUCCCUCAUGGGAUCUCUCUCCCCGGGGGAGAUAAUAGGCUCUCGCGCCGAUUUCGCUGAUAUGGAUAUUCUCAUGACUUCCUGGUACUCGGGCACCGCAGAGAAGUACGAUAUUGGGUCUGCAGCGAGCCCUGUUGCAGUGCGGUUACCUCCGCCUAUGGCGAGGGCUGCUAUGAUUUUGCCCAAUUUCUCGCGAGGAGGAAGAAGGGUGUUCGAGGUUCUCGUGGAGUUGGCGGUUGAGGAUCAUGACUUGCUAAGGAAGGAUGCGGAGUUUUUGGAAUAUUUCGACGUCGUUGCAUGA